AUGUCGUCCCCUGCAGUGAGCAAAGCACCCCCCAAGCUCGGUUCGAAAGCCGGAACCCCCUCCAAACUCCGCAAGGCCUCAGGCUCGAGUGCCGCCUCCAAACCCAGUUCCAGUGUCGCUGAAUCUCCCAAGCCCGUGAAGAAGACACCCGCCCGCAAGCUCACUCCCAAAUCGCCCAAACCCAUCCAAGACGACGAACAAUCUAUCCCCGAGACCCCCUCUCCCAAGUCGAAGAAGAAGGUCCCUUCAUCUGAACAGCGUCGCCCUAUCUCUCCACCAGAUGAUGUUGCUUCCCAGGCUUCGGGAUCCCUAGGCGGAGUCACAUCUGGAUUGACCGGAAAGGCCAAGGGUCUUGCUGGAAAGGCAAAGGACACUGCUGGAAAGGCAAAGGACACUGCUCAAAACGGAAUCCAGACUGCCACAAGUGCUAUUCCUCUUGACCUAUCUGCUUUGAAGGGUCUUUUCGUCGCCGAUGGCGGAAAGAUCCUAGGUCAGGAUGGUAACCCAUUGGGUGAGGUGGUGGAAGGUGACCCGGAGGAUUUGGUCGGUCAAACCGUUGGUGAUGACGGUGAGAUCGUCGAUGAGGAGGGUGACUUGAUUGGUCGCGUGGAUGUUCUCCAUGAUGCUGUCCAGCAAGCUCAAGAUAUCCCCGACGAUGCUCAGUCUAAGCUUGAUGAAGUCCAAGACGAUGCUCAGUCCAAGCUUGGUGAUAUCCAGGACGCUGUCACCGACCUCGCAGAGUUGGAGGGUCUACCUGUUUCCGAUGGCGGUGUGAUCAAGAAUGCUGCUGGUCAGGUCUUGGGACGAAUUGUCGAAGGUGACCCUGAGGAUCUCAUUGGAUACACUCUCAAUGACUCUGGUGAGAUCGUGGAUGACGAAGGCGAUGCCAUCGGCCGUGUGGAGCUUCUUCCUAUCGAGGAGCAACAAAAGGCCAUCGAAGAGGCUGUCGGCGAUGCUCAUGAUGAGGUCGACGGUGUCAAGGGCGAAGUUGAUGAAGAGUUUGAGGACGCCCAUGAUGGCCUCCCUGUCGACGACGCCACGGAUGCCGUGGAUGGCGUUGCUGACGAUGCCGAAGACACUCUUGAUGACCUUCCCGAAGAUGCCGAAGAUGCUGUCGAAGGAGUUCCCGAAGAGGCCGAAGAUGCUCUUGACGACCUCCCUGAAGACGCCGAAGAUGCCGUCGACGGUGUCCCUGAAGAUGCCGAGGAUGCUGUUCCCGAUGUCGAGGACGCCAAGGAUACCGCCGAAGACGCUGUGGAAGGUGUCCCUGACGAUGCCGAAGAUGCCGUCGAUGGUGCGAAGGACAACGCUGAGGUGGAUGUCGAUGUCCCCGAAGAGGAAUUGGAAGACAUUGCCUCGAAUGUUCAUGAGGCUGCAGAGGAUGCAAUUGAAGACGCAACUCAGCGGAUUCCUGAUCUCGACACCCUGGAAGGCCUCAAGUGCAACAAGCGCGGAUUCGUCAUUGACGAAGCUACUGGAAAACCCGUCGGUGAAGUCAUCGAAGGCGACCCGAAGAAGCUUUCUCGUCUUGGCGCCACCCUUGACCAGGAAGGCCAAUUCUGGGACAACCGAGGAAACGUGAUUGGAAAGGUCAAGGCACUCCCCAUCGAAGACGACAAAGACGAGGAAGGUCCAUUUGCCGGACUGGAAGGUCUUGUCGUUGGCCAAGAAGGUUUCGUCGAGGACGAGAACCAGACUCGCGUCGGAAAGCUGGUUGAAGGCGAUGCCAAGAAGCUUCUCGGUCGCGGCGUUGACGAGGAUGGUGAAGUGCUCGAUCGCCACGGCUCUGUCAUCGGUCGCGCCGAGCGCUGGGAGGAGCCUGAGCCCGAGGCCGAAGAGGAGGAAGCUGCCCCUGAUCUCUCUGUGCUCAACGGAUUGCGAUGUAACAAGGCCGGAUGGGUCAUUGGACCCGAGGGAUUCCCCAUUGCUCGCGUUGUGGAGGGUAACCCUAAGGAACUUGCUGGCAAGAAGAUUGAGGAUGGUGAGAUCUUCGACGGCAAGAAGGUCGUCGGUCGUGUCGAACUCAUCCCCGAGGAGGAGUUGGAGAACAAGCCUGAAGGUCCUUUCGCCGGCCUAGAAAGCCUAGUCGUCACAAAGGAUGGCUUCGUUGAGGACGAGGAAGGAUCGAUUGUCGGAAAACUCAUCGAAGGCGAUGCGAAGAGACUUCGCGGCCGCGCUGUUGACGAGGAUGGCGAGAUCACUGACAAGUAUGGAAAUGUCAAGGGUCGUGCUGAGCCUUACGAAGUCCCCGAGGAAGAGGAGGAGGUCCCUGUUGAGGAAGAUCUCUCGUUGCUCGAGGGCAAGGUUGUCAACAAGAUGGGCAAUGUCGUUGAUCCUGCCACUGGCGCUGUUGUCGGCCGCAUUGUCGAAGGUGACAAGCGUCUUGCAGGUCGCAAGGUGGACGGCAAGGGUCAGAUUUGGGGUGACGAUGGUAAAAUCAUCGGACGCGCUGAGUUGAUCCCGGGCGCUGAGCAACACAAGGCCGAGGGUCCAUUCUUCGGAUUUGACAAUGCUGAAGUUGGCAAGGACGGCGUUGUCGUCGAUGCUGGCCGUAUCAUCGGACGUCUCAUUGAAGGCGAUGCUAAGCGCCUCCUUGGUCGCAAGGUUGAUGAGGAUGGUGAUGUUGUGGACAAGAAUGGCAACACCAUCGGUAAAGCCGAGCGCUGGGAACCCGAGGAGAAAGCCCGCGACAUCAACCCUAUGUCUGGCCGCAAGGUCAACAAGGAGGGUGAAGUUCGCGAUGCCGAUGGAAACCUCAUUGGCAAGCUCACUUCUGGUAACCUGGCUACCCUUGUGGGCAAGUCGAUUGACGACAACGGCUACGUUGUUGACAACGAAGGCAACAAGAUUGGCGAGUGUACUCUUCUAGAGCACAUCCCUGAACCCGAGCCCGAAGUUGAGGAAGAACCCGAAGUUGAGGAGGAGGGCCCAUCACCCGAGGAGCUAGAGGCUCAAGCCAAGGCUGAGCAUGACCGCCAGCUGGCCGAGAAGAUGAUCCAUAUUCUUCGACAGACCUUGGAUCAGGUCAAGCCUAUUUGCGACAUGAUCACUGAGAAAGUUGAAAAGGCCGACCGUACUCCCAAGGAUGAACUUGAUGAGGAGAAGUUGGUCAAGGAUGUCAAGCCCUUGCUAGAGCAGGGAGGCAAGAUCCUCCAAGAGUGCAAUGGCGCUAUCCGCGCCCUUGACCCCGAUGGCCGCAUUGCUGCCACUGCCAAGGCCCGUGCUUCUUCGCGUGAUGCCACCCCCGAAGAGAACCAGCUGGCCGAUCUAAUUAAGACUCUGACCGAAACCGUCGUCAAGACGAUUGACAACGGAAAGCGACGAAUUGCCGACAUGCCUCAUGCCAAGAAGAAGCUCAGCCCUCUCUGGGCUCUCUUGUCCGAGCCAUUGUUCCAGAUCAUCGCCGCUGUUGGACUCCUUUUGAGCGGGGUUUUGACAUUGGUUGGUCGCCUGCUCGAUGGUCUUGGCUUGGGAGGAAUCCUGAAUGGCAUCCUCGGUGGAUUAGGCUUGGAUAAGCUGAUCAAUGGUUUGGGACUUGGUGGUCUCACGGAUGCCUUGGGAUUGGGAGGUAAAUAA